CUCCUUUUCACAUCCUCGUGCCUGCUCAUUUUGUCCACCUUGAUGGCGGAGUCAAGGUGCAGGAACGAACUUCUUACGACAAGGGUCAACAUGGCGUCCGAGAUCGAUAUCCUAACGCUCCAACUCAUCACCAUUCUUUAUGACCAGGAAUUGUAGAGCACUCAAGCGGACGCUGGUGGCUGAGCAGGCUCGAAGAUGAUCCGCUUGCCACCGACCAGUAUCUCCCUUUCCGAAGCCGAUAUCGAGUUCAACCUACGGCAGGCUGAUAUCUACUAUGGCUUACUUAGACAGGGAUACAAGAAGAAUGACAUCGCUCGAUAUCUCGACGACUAUCGGAAAGCUCAGGCGGAAACAAGUGGACCGAGUCACACUGACUUCAAUCUGUCUGCUCCAACUACGUUUGAGCUAGCCUGCCGGCGGCCUUUUGGGCCCUCGAUGGAUGAGGACACCGACAAACAAGAGCCCAAGAAGCAGGUUAAAUCCUUCGGCAAUCUUCAGACGUCCUCCAAACAUGCCUCGAAAGUCUCUUCUGAUGACUACGACUUCGGGAAGCACCAAGAUGCUGCAGACACCGCCGAUGGCCGAAAUGAAAGAUCGCCCUCGCCCGAGUCCUCUGUCCCAGCAAUGCAAGUCAAUAAGCAUGCUCCACGUAAAAGCUCACUUCUUCGAUUCUCAAGAGGAAUGUCCCCUGAACGACCCCCACUACAUCCUGAAGACGAGUGCGGUGUUGGUAGCUCAUCUAACCUCACUGCUACCAAAGGCUACAGACGAAGAAGCCUCACCUAUUCAUACAAGACAUCUGACCCAGAAGAGUCGGAUGCAGAGCUUUCAUUGCAGACUUUACUCACCGGCGACAUGGAUCGAUUGUCAUUGGAAAGCCCAAGCCGACAAAGUGAUGAUUUGGCUGAAAGCAUGCCGUUCGUCCUCCCUCCGUCAUUCACAGCCACUUCAAGAGCAUAUACUUUCGGCAACCACAGUUUCGCAAAUGACCUGCCAGACAGCCAGACCUCGGAGAUGCCUCCCGGUCAACUUCUUUCUACGGAUUCCGGCACACCCCGACGAAGUAGCAGCCUUCUCGGUCAAGCAGGUUCGUCGACGAGUCUCCCAAGCUCACCUCCUGUCUUGAACGCAUCGCCGAUCGAGACUCCUUCCACAAUUCAAGCUGCCUCGACAUCUCCUGAGUUGCCUGCAACUCCAACACCUAUCCGGAAUGCAGCCUCAUUUCCUCGCAGCGAGCCUCGUUAUUAUAGGCACCAGUACCUAGAUGGCAAUGCGUUCUCCAUAUACAAUGACUCUCUUCCUGCAAGCUCUCAGCCACAGACACCCGCCGAUCUGUCCAGAGGACCAUUCGUUACCGAGCGUGACGCUGCCUACACGGCACCUCCAGGAAUGGUUCGUACCGGUCCCCCUAACGGCUCUGAUCUUGACGGAAGUCGCUGGGAGCGGAACGCAGGGGAGCAGACUCCAACAGCUCGAGCGAUUAGCCUACGUGAGAGACGAAACCGAGAAUUGCAGAGAAGCGUCCGAGCCGAAGGCAUUCGGCUGCAGAGACUGAGAUUGAGGGACGAAGCUAUGUUUACUCAGCGUCAAACUACAACCAAUGAUAUCGGCGGUGACGGUGGGAACGAUGAGGCAGCUCGGGCAACAGCGGAGGUGUUCCAGGAUGCCUGGAGAGAUGAUCAUGAUGCGGACCGGGUCGGCGAGGAGAACUUCGAAAUGGAGGUCGGACCAAGUCGCCCUCGACCGAUGAGGGUCGUCAGCGGCAACGCGAGGAUUGAUGACUGAGAAGAUUGACUAUCGGGCUGGAACUUCGUAGAGGAGUGAAGGUCUGAAUACCAAAGAACCCCCGAGAAGUGAUG